UCCUUCAUUUGCAUUUUAAAUGACUCUGUGUGUGUGUGUCGAGGGGGGGGGGUCUCUACUUCCUGUGUGUUUGAGCCGCUCAUGUCGCCCCCCCACCCCUGCUCUCUUGAGCAGCCUCUUCUCUCCGCUAUGUGCUUCCAUCCCAGCAGCUGAAUUUGGCCCACAUAUAUGUCUCCACUCUGCCUCUCUCUCCUCCAGUCACAUCACACCCAGUCAUCGGAGCAGGAAUAGGAGGAGGAAGAACUGGCCACCCCCAGUAACCAACUGCAACCCCCUUUUCUUUCUGCUUUGGCCUCAAACCCAUCCCCUUCCCCCACCCCCACCCCCCGGGACAGAGGAGGCGGAGGGAGGGAGGGGGGGAGGUGGCUGCAGUGGUGGAUGCUGCAGCGGCAAGAUCGGGAGCGAGAGAAGCAUCGUAUUCAUCCCGGUCUCCCCCUCUUCUCUCGGCUCCGACACCGGAGGAGGUUUGGCCCAGACGCGAGGCGCCUUUUCCGGCUGUGGCCGCAGCCCAGGCUCCCUCCCCGGCUCUGGAGACCCCGCUGUUCUCAUGGAGCCUCUACCCUCCCAGGGACAGACGCUCAGGCACUUCACUGCCUCACGACCACGGCCGCGGCGCACACACACACAGCCUCCCUCCUCCAGAACCCAGGACCCUGCCUUGAAGAGCGAGGAUGAGGCCACAGAUGGGAUGGGCCGAGUGGACGAAGGAGUAGAAGAGUUUUUCACCAAGAGAAUCAUCCCAGACUAUUCACUAAAAGGCCAGUGGGAGGAGUCAAACCCUGCCCAAGCCCCUCCCCUAGAGCCCAGCCUUUCCCCCUCAGCCUCAACCCCCGUCUCCCCCUCGUCUGACAGUAUCACAUCUUCCACCGUCACCCCUCUUGACUCAUCACUCACAUGUUCCGACGUUCCUCCCCCACCCUCACCCACCUCCCCUCCCACCUCCCCCUCUGUCACAUCAUCCUCCACCGCUGCACUUCCCUCCAAAAACAUCAAGAAAAAGUUUGGGGAUUUCUUUGCCUUCAAGCGUCCUCGAACGGGCCGAGCUGCCAAGGCAGAAGGAGGCGAGGCAGGGAAGGUCAAAAGGACCUCGAUUGCGGACCUCAUCCGUCCCCUCCGCGAUGCCAAAGACAGGGACAGAGAGAGGGCGCGAGACAAACACAGAGAUGCUAACCUUUCUAAUGAUGCCGCCGUCACAGAAGGAACCGCUGCCUCCAGCCCACAUCUGGACGAAGAUGCGAAGGAAGCAGUGGACCCUGACGGCACGUCCGCCCCCGCAGCAGAGACCGCCCCCUCUCGCCCCACUAUCGCCACAACCCCCGACCUCACCGACGCCACGCUCUCAGACUUGCAAAAAGACGGCGUGAGCCUACCUCCUUUCUUACCUGAAUGUGCUCAGAUGCCCAGCGGGGUGGCCCCUGCCUCAGCUGAGCAGCUGAGGACCAAGCUGCCCUCAGUAGAAGGAACCGUGGAGAGGAGAGUGAAGAAGACCUUCAGAGAGGGCAAGAGCCAGAGUCUCAUACUGCUGUCCGGACUGGAGCCGGAGGACAAGGACGCCGCGCACAGUAAGUGCGUGUCAGACGGGACGUCCAGCUUUGAGCACAGGCUGCAGGUGAUGCUGCACAGAAUGGGCGUCACCAAAACCCCACCUGCAGACUCCAAGCACAACCAGAAUAAAGAUGAAGAGCUGAGGAAGGCCAACUCUGAGGGUGCAAUUCUGGAGAAACCUGGUCCCCCGGUGAAGCCCAGAACCAUGUCCACCUCAGCAGCUGACCCAAGACAUCCUGUCAAAGUUCUGGACCCCAUUCGCCCGGAGCCCCACCCUCACCUCAAAUCGGUCGAUCGCCCUUCCGGUCCUCUUCCUCCCAAACCUGCAGUGGCAGCGAAGCCCCCGCUUCCCCUGCCGACGCCCCCUGCAGGUGACGCAGCGUCUUCCUCCACAGCGCCUCUCAGGGUCCAGCUGAGACCCCACGCUGACCCGCCUGCACAGGGCCCCCCCUGCUCCGCCGCCUCCCCCAGGAGAGAGCCCCUCCCCACCAGUCCGUCUCCAUGGAGCGCGCAGCAGCGCUCGGAGAAAGCACAAUCCGCCACCGCCGAGAACCUACUGAAGCCUCGUGCUCACCUGAAGCCGCUCCCGCAGAGGCGAGCCGUGUCCGUGCACGAGGAUGCACUGGCCAUGACUCAAGAGCUCAAGUCAGUGCUGCAGAGAUCUCCGGUCCGUUUCCGGGGCAACAGAGGAGACCUGCCGGCGUUCAAGGAAGACCAGAGCAGCACGGAGGACGUCCCAGUGAUUCAGGACGCUCCCUCUACUGGUGCCACAAGAGACGAGCGGCCCACCAGCGACCCAUUGUCUCUGAAGAGUCCAGAACAGUCCUCGUGUCAUGAAGGACCGGCAGGUUCUGUCCCGGAGCUGCGCUGUAAGGUUGAAGCACCUGCGAGCACAGUUGGACCUGAGGCCCCCAGACACCCGCACGUAGGCCCACUGACCCCGAGGAGUCCAGAGACUGUGGAGGUGGACCUGAGAAGCAGCACACAGCGGACAGUUGAUGUCAUCUUGACACGGCACAGCGGGGACCAAUCAGAACCAAGAACUUAGCGCCCGCUCAGUACCGCACAGACUUGACCCGCUCGGGUGGUUCGCGGCAGGGGAGCCGGACCUGUGCGCUGCAUGAUUGUUACAGCGGGUCGGACCCCGGAAACCCGCUCCUCGUGUCCCACGACUGCUGCUGCGACUCUGAAGUCAUGUCCCGGUUCACCGGGGUCACGACCUCUUUCUGUUAAUAAACGACUUCACGACCCGGAUCCUCGGUUCUGUUGACUGCUGUUAUCUACAAUGGUACACGCUCCCAUUCAUCCGGACACACACCCGUGCAUGAAAACCUCGCUUGAAAACACACACAAACACACUACCUCCAACACACUUGAGUGUUUUCACUUAAGCCUCAGACUCACAACCUCAGUGCUCUGAACACACGACACACACAGACCUUACAGUCCCUCACAGAUGCACAUCAGCAGACCACAAAACUCUCUCCUGAUUGCACACACACACACACACACUCUCUGGACAAGACAGACAUAAACACACACCUGUUGCAGGAUGGAUGAAACAGUGGCCUCAGUUUCAGCAGCCACUAGAUGGCACUAUUGGUUUAGAAAUGAUGUGAGGUUUCUUAGUUGUUCAAGCCUCAGUAUUUUACAGCAGACAGCGCCAUCUGGUGGCAUGUGCAAGACAGGACACUGUGUCAUGAAGCCUCAUGUACCCAUCACUCGGACACACAGUCCGAAACUCUUGAACUGAUACUUUCUAACAAACACACAUGUAAGAUUUCACACUCUGCUGAACAUAGACACAAACACACACACACACUUUCAGUCCAACACAGAGAAACCAAAACACACACUCAUCCUUGCACACAAACCGUAACACAAAGCCACAUGAAAACAUACAGACAAUGACACAUGCAUUCGCUCAACACAACAACUCUGACUGAGCCACAGCAGAGUUAUCUCAACACUAACAAACUGAUAAACUCCUCUACACAAACACGUGACACACGUUUACACACCCUUCAUGUCCACACACUGCACCACAGAACAGCCCUCCUGGGGGGAGGGCUCUGUCAUGUCCCUGAGUCAGAGUGGAGGUGUCGCUGCUGCGUCAACAGAAAUGCUUUUCCGCAGCAAUCAUUUUAAAACCAUUUAUUUUAUUACAAAUGUCAUCUCAGAGACUUCACAUUUCAGACAUCUGGGCAAUGUACGGGUGAUGUUGAACACCACAGAGUUGGAGCUAAACUUUCAUUUCCUUGGGCUGACGCUGAUCCUGAGCGCAGCAGUGACUGACAGCCGUCAUCUCCACACAUGUUCCUCCAGACUCCACCGUAUCAUCCCCGACGCUUCAAGUGGUUUCCUUCCUGCAUCUAA